AUGUUCGGGCAAGUGGCCCGGCGCAUAGGAACCUCCGCACCUCUCCGCCCACCACAUACCCCUGCAUCUGCAGUACGAUCACUCUGCAGCACACCUCGAUACACUUAUAGACCUCGAUUGCCCUUAUCCUCGAAUCUGCAAUUAGCACUCAACGCGUCUACACAAGGCCGUUUAAAUAGCACAUCCGCGUUCCAAAAAUUCAGACGGAAUUACAAAGAAGCGUGGGGUAAAAUAUGGCAAACGAACCCAAUUGGCUUCCCGCUCACUGUAUUGUUCGUGGCGGUGAAUGCAGGGCUACUUGUAUACGUCAUAUAUGACAAAGUUACUCGGAUAGACCCAUACCUUAGCAGAUUUCCACCGCAGGUGGCUGCGCCCUUGCGCGAAGCCCUUCGUCGUUCAGAGAUCCGGCCUGAUCCUAUCUUGGCACUGCAAAUGUUCAGGGAGGCACUUAUUGCUGCAGAACAUGUUCAGAUGCACCCGUUUUCGGAUGAGGUCCUUGGCAUCAGAAUCGCUGCAGCCGAGAUGCUGGAGAAAAAUGGGCUGGUGAAGGCAUCCAUUGACAUGCUGGAGAAAGCGCUAGCAGACUGCAAGGAAUGGGUAGUUAAUGGAAGGAGGAGGCAAAUGAUACUUGAUAAGCAAAGGGCGAAAAAGACUGCUACUGAACCCGCUGAUCCUGAAGCUGCGGAGGCAGAGAAAGAAGCGCGCGAGAAGGAAAGAAUGGAGGAGAAGCUUCGCGACCAGGUUAUGAAAAAAAUCAUUGGCAUCAAAAUUAAACUAGCAGACCUAUACUCGAGUAACUCCGUGCUGGAUAUGGACAAAGCAGAGAACUCCCUUAUUGGCGCAGUCAACGAGAGCGCUGGCGAGGUCAGACGGCGUAGAGAAUUGAAUCUGCCAGUAUCGCGUGACGAUGGCGGUGAUUACGUUAAUCUCACGGAGAUAGCUGCGUCAUGCAAUGACCUGGCUGAUUUAUAUGUGAAAAGAGGGAAAAACAAUCUUGCAGCAACCUUGUACAUGCAAAGUCUAGGGUUGAUUAAGGAGGAGGAGGGCCAAUCGACAACAUGCGCGCAGGUUGUUCUCCUUAACAACAUAUCUUCCCAGAUGGCGGAGGAAGCUCAGAAGGUAACCAGCAAAACACCGUCGAUACCUAAGAGAGCCGGCCUUCCCAUAUCUCGGCCGGAGUUGCUCGAUGCUGCAUCGCAGUGGGCAAAGAAGGCGCUGGAUGUUGCAGCACAUAUCAAACCGCCAGUCCGUACUGAAGAAUGCGAUCAAUCAUGUCAAGUAGCACUGUAUAACCUAGGUGAAAUAGCAGAGAUGCAUGAAAAUUUCGUCGAGGCACGAAAGUAUUAUGAGGAGGCAAGGAAUCUAGCCACCAAAAUUCAGUUUGAGGAAGGAAUUGAGGCAGCAAGUGAUGCUAUAAAACGGCUUGGAAAAUAUAAAUAG